AUGGUGACCGCAGACCAAAUAGGUAGAAUGUUAAAUCGGCAGCCCUCUGUGGUGUCGUAUAAAUCCGCCGAAGAUCUCAUCAAGCUCAAAGACUGGUUCUAUAACUUCGAUGAGCAUCGAGACCAUCGACACCGAGCAGUCCAAAUCGUGAAAGCUAUCAGUUCCAGAGGAAGAAUUCCCCACGCAAUAGAGUCUACUUCAUUGUUGACAUCGUUGUGCCUCAGUGAUCCCGAAAUGUCUUCCAAGUCAAGUCCACAGGUGGUGAUCCAGAAGGACUCGUAUCUUCUCCAAUUAUCGUAUUCCAUGGCAUUAACCAGAUUUGUCAACGGUCUUCUAGAUCCGCUACAACAGUCAAACUUUGCGAUACCGUUGCAUCAGCUCGCCAAAUCCCUUCAGAUGCCCAGCUAUUUUGUGGAAUUGAGACAUACAGCUACCCAUGAGAAACUUCCUAGUCUAGCCCUAUUGAGAACCACCGCAAAAAAUGCCCUUAAUUGGUUGUACGACAACUACUGGAAUAAAAUAGAAGACAUAGAAUCAGAUAUCGAAGAUGAGGUUGAAGAAUUGUUGCUGGAACGUGACCAGAUACUUAUUCAGGAUGCUGUGAAAGCAAGUGAUUCUAGUAUAAAGGAGUUGGUGGCUAACUUGAAAGUGUACAAAAAAAUUAGAAAGCAAGACUUGAACUUUAUCUACAAAUUCGGGAACUCCUCUGACACCGGUAAAAAGUACUGGAAAGCGGUGCUGAAGAUCAAGUCCAUACUAGCAUCCAACCCUCAAAUCACAUUUAGAGUGUUAAUAUUCAAGGACUUUUUGAUAUACAACAAGAUGGACCCGGUCAAGGCCAAGAAGAUCAACCUGUUCUUAGCUAUUCUUUUCAAGCUUUAUAAUCCGUUGUUGGAGGAGUUGGGGCCUUACUUUAAAAGGCAAUUAUAUGAGGUUAUUUUACGUCUGCUCAAACUGGAGUUUACUAUGGUGGAAACUCAAAUCAAUAAGAAGCUCGGGUUUGAAAUCACUCACGAGUAUGAGACGACUCAGCUAUGUGGAUGGGUGGUGUAUUUGUACUCGUCAAUGGAUGACCAAGGCAAGAAGAGGAUUGGUUCGCUAUUGCAAGAUAUCAGCUCUCUCAACGACGAAUCCAAAAUGGAGAUUCUUCAAGGUUUGAACAAAAUUGAGCUUUUAGAAGACGAGAAACAGCAAGUGGAAGUGGUGCAUGAAAGUGUGGGAAAAAGGUUGAAGCUCAAGAAGUACGAGCAGGUAGAGUCACUUGACUCUAUACUUGGCACUCAAGCCCCUGCUUUGAAAAAGCAGAAAAUACAACCCAGUGACGACGUUUCGACCUCCAAAAAAACCUAUUUCUUUGAGCCCCACGCAAAAUGGACUGCCACUCCUUUUGGCUCCAGCGUGUAA